GAGUUUCUGUUUCAUAUUCAUGUUUUACAGAACAGAGGAAACUUCAAAUCCAAAACAUGUCAUUUCAUAUUCUAAAUGGUUGUAGGUUACAUUAUUUUCCAUUAUAAAUUAACAUUCAUCUCAGUUAGUUUUAAAUUACGGUAGUUGUUUAUCGAAACUAAGAAAUAAUAAAAUUAUUUUGUUUGUGUUGCAUAACUCUGAAAGGAGAAAGUGUUAAACUAGUCACAGGCAAGGAAGGACUAAUCUACUUCCCAUUGUCCAUUUAUUGUACAUGAGAGAAUAUUUCAAUCUCUUCAAAAUAUGUCUGAAUCAUAUGAUUAUUUAUUCAAGUUUUUGGUUAUUGGAAGUGCUGGAGCUGGUAAAUCUUGCAUAUUGCACCAGUUCAUUGAAAACAAAUUUAAAAACACCAGCAGUCAUACAAUUGGUGUGGAGUUUGGGUCCAAGAUUGUAAAUGUUGCUGGAAAGUCUGUUAAACUUCAGAUCUGGGACACAGCGGGGCAAGAACGGUUCAGAUCCGUAACUAGAAGCUACUACAGAGGGGCUGCAGGUGCCUUGUUAGUUUACGAUAUCACAAAUAGAGAGAGUUUUAAUGCCUUGGCUGAUUGGCUACAAGAUGCUAGAGCGCUUGCGAGUCCCAACAUAAUCAUAUUGUUGGUCGGCAACAAAAAAGAUUUGGAAGCCGACCGAGAAGUCACGUUCCUACAAGCUAGUCAGUUUGCACAAGAGAAUGAUCUGAUGUACCUAGAAACAAGCGCAAAGUCAGCAGAAAACAUAGAAGAGUCUUUCCUGAAGUGCUGCAAGACGAUUUUAGCAAAAAUCCAGUCAGGAGAGCUGGAUCCAGAUCGCAUCGGGUCUGGAAUACAAUUUGGGGACACAAGUUCCCGCAGAUUACGACAAGACAAGACACGUAGACAGCCUGACUGUUUCUGUCACAUUGUAUCGUAAUUGACUCGCCUUACGCUGAUGUUGUACAUAACCACAUCUCUUCCUGUGUACUUUCUUAUGUUUAAGGAUGAAAUAUUCUUGUUGCAAAUACUACUUAAAAUCCCGACUCAGCAAAAUAGUAUUUUUGAAAUUCAUCGCAACAGCUUGUAGGUUAAGCCUGAUAUAGUCGUUCUUGUUAUAUUUUUAUAUAUUAUUAGUGAUAUUAGAGUUAGGUUGGCACUGAUUAAGUUAUUCGCUCCAAAUAAAAUUGUAAUGUAGGCUGCUUAGCACAUAUAUUUUUGCUGUAUUGUAUCGCAAAAUAGUUUGUAUAUUGAUAGUUAUUUGUUUCAUUUUUUUUACUUAUAAGCUAUCAUGAAAAGGUGAUGAAAUAGUCCUGUUGAGUAAGUUCUUGAAUAUUUUUCACCUCUUGGUUAAUCAUGCCUGUGAUCAAACAAGUAUGCCGUUUUUAUAAAAGCAGGUUAAUUUUUGAGCAGAUGUUUUAUAACAAUCUUUGCUUUUCCCCAUGUACAGUAUUCUGCACAGUAUUAGGAAUUUAACUAUCAAGUACCAGUACUUAUGUAAUCUUAGUAAUUUACCAUCCCACCUGAUAGAAUGGAAUUGGAGGUUGUGCAUUUAUAUUUUUUCUAAGGUUAAGCCUAUAUUUUAUAGGAGAGUAUUUUAUUUAUUUAUGAUGGAAUGGCCUCUAGAUCGUCUGAAUAAACUAAUAUAGGUUUAAAUUACCUGUUUUC